AUGGCGUGCAAGUUAAUAUCUAUUUACAUUUCUUUGGGGGUAGCAUAUGGAGGCGACUUGACCGAGGUUUGCAACAGCAACCAUUUUGAAGGCCGGUGCCUCGAUGACGAGGUCAUCAUUAUCGAGACCGCCCAGUAUGGAAGAUUACAAAUCGGUAGUGACGAUGGUCGUUGCAUGACUGAAACGUUGGGCUAUAUCAACUGCGUCAAUGACGUCACGACGAUCGCCGAAACACACUGUUCCGGAAAGAGGAAGUGCUCGGUCAGAGUUGACGACUCCAUGUUCCUGGGUUCGAAUCCUCCUUGUAACCCGGAAGUGAAAAAUCAUCUCUGGAUAAGCUACAGCUGUCAGAAAGGUGGGAAUGAUGACGGAGCUGGUGAUUCUUACGAAGAGUUGAUUCAGUGA